AAUCGUUCGCCUAUAAGGUUUCGGAGAGUGACGUUUAAAGCGCGAAAAGUAAAAAAUUUACCGCCGGUUCUAUUCUACAUUAUUCUACUCGUUUGAAGUUUCUCUCCCUUUUCAUUCAACGCUCGACAGGUGCAAGAAUUGUCCGAAGGGGAAGUCUACCUUACAUAAACUUUUUUAUGUAAAUCUAUAUAUUAGGAGAAGAAGAAGAAGAAGAAGGAAUCAAAGAAAAACAUUCUUAUUCCUUUUUUAUUUAACUCAACGGAUUAAUACAUUUUUUAAAGGAAAAGACUAUUUAUAUUUCAUAGAAGAAAAAAGGAGUGUUUUUGUAAGAUCUGCUUUCCCUCAAAUAAAAGGGAUAAAGAAACAGAAAGAAAGAGAAAGAGAAACGGUUAUGGUGCCCUCUACACUUAAAAUUUUUUGAUUUUUUUUUUGUAAGAACCAUGAUUAAUUGGAAUAAGCGAAUCUUCUACUUCUUUCUCUUCCUGAUAAAAACAGUAUUAUGUGACUACCGCAAAUUGCAUUUUGAUCUAGUCGAAGGCAGGAGGGGUGUCAUAACGCUGCAAAAUAUAUCGAAACAAUUAGACGUUCAGUUUCUUGCCAAAACGGCUAAUUUAACGAUUAUAGAAUCACCCGAGCAUAUUCCAUUCAUAGUCGACCCAACCACGAAAAAUAUAGAGAGUUUACAGGAAAUUGAUAGGGAAAAAAUGGUCAAUUGUAGAUCUAGUAAUGAAUGUCAAGUAUAUUUAAAAAUACUUAUCAACAAAAUCUUUAAAUCGAUUAAAAUUGACAUUAUCGAUAUCAAUGAUUCACCGCCUACAUUUGCAACGGGGAUGAUCACUUUAGAAAUACCCGAAAGUAAAGUGAAUAUUACUAAAUUAAUACCUCCGGCAGUUGAUUUAGACAGUCCGAAAUUUGGGGUGAAAAGCUAUCGUUUAGAAAACGGCUUUGGGAAAUUUCAUCUUAGUGCGAACGGUCAAGAGGUUAAACUAAAUGUUAUUGAAAAGUUGGAUAGGGAACAGAUUGACAAUUAUAUGUUAAAAAUUAUUGCAACUGAUGGAAAAAAUGAAGGAUCAAUGAAAGUAAAUAUAUCGAUUACUGAUUUGAACGAUAACUAUCCCACUUUUGAGAAAAGUGAAUGGAGAAAAAACGUUGCUAUAGAUACGCAAAGGUAUACUGAAAUUAUUCAGCUAACAGCAAAAGAUAUCGACUUGGGUAGAAAUGGUCAAGUGAAAUAUUCAUUUUCAAAGCCUUCCGAUGUAUUUGAUAUCGAUCCCACAAAUGGAAAAAUCACCCUUAAAUCCGUGUUAAACAGCGGACAAUACGAGUUAACAGUAGUGGCAACCGAUCUGGGUAAUCCGUCGAGAAAAGGGGAAACUAAGGUUAUCGUUAUCGUCAAAGCUGUCGAUAAUCCGCCUCAAAUUCGGGUCGAUCGUAUGUCGGACAGCUCGAUAAAAGGUUACGCCGAGGUGCUAGAGGAAACCUCAACUGAGCAAUUUGUUGCUUAUCUAACGGUUGAAGAUCCAAAUGAACAAAUAACGGGCGAAGUGACCUGUUCCCUGGAUAACAAACGUUUUAGUUUAUUUAAGGAGGACUCCGCCAGCAGCUCUACGUCGAAACAAUAUAGGCAAGAAUAUCGCAUUACGACCAAACAUAAAUACGAUAGGGAAAGAGACGAAACUGACAUUGUUAAAAUAACCUGUCGAGACGCUCAGAAACAAGAAGGAUAUAAGACGAUACGAGUUAUCAUCAAAGACAUAAAUGAUAAUCCUCCAAUUUUCGGAAGAAGCAACUAUAUAAUUAAUGUUACUGAGAAUAAUAAUGUUGAGAAGGUUUUACUUAAAGUUACGGCUACCGAUCUAGACAAAGGUGCCAAUUCCGAUAUUGAAUACAGAAUCGAAGGUGAUAAAUCGAACGCAUUUCGAAUAAAGAAAGGAUCCGGAGAAAUUCGAUCUAAUUACCCUCUAGAUAGAGAAGAGAGAGAUUCGUAUUCGUUUGUUGUAAGGGCGUUUGACAAAGGAAAGCCGAGACGAAACGGAACGGCUACCGUUUUUCUAAAAGUACUCGAUACGAAUGAUGUGAAACCCGCUUUUCUCAAUAAAACAUACCAUUUCGAUUUGCUGGAAGGAGAGGAACCUCUAAAAGUAAUCGGAAGAGUUUCAGCUAGAGAUGAGGAUUUAGGGGACUAUCCGAUUUAUUCGAUACUAGAGGAAUUUUCUAACUUUGACAUUGAUUCGAGUAUGGGAACGAUAAGUUCCCUUGAAAAAUUCGACAGAGAAGUAAAGGAUGAAUACAGGUUUUUCGUCAGAGCAACGAGCUCCAAGAAUGCUGCCCAAUUUGAUACCGCCCUUGUCAUCGUUAAAAUUGGCGAUAAAAAUGAUAACAAGCCAAUACUAAGUUAUCCUAAAAACGGACAAACUUUUCCCAUUUCUUCAAGAACCCCUGUUGAUUACGAGAUAUUUACGGUAACUGCUCGAGAUAAUGACAUGGGCUUAAACUCACAGAUAUCAUACUUAUGGGGCGCUAUUAAUUCAUGCAAGUAUUUCGAUAUUGGUAAAAUAAGUGGGAAUUUGUUCGUUAAAAGUUCUCUAAAGGAAAUUGUAUAUCGGAAUUGUACUCUUCAUGUAGUCGUUCGUGACUCAGGAGUACCGAGCCUGAAUUCGUCGGUUUAUGUCUACGUAUUAAUUAACUCGUCCAUACCAUUUGCCAACUCACACUCACAACCAAAUCAACCUUCAGAAGUUAGCGUUACUGUGAUAAUAAUUGUCGUUGUAGCAUCGGCAAUCGUCAUUAUUAUUCUUAUUAUCACAAUAACGGUGCUCAUUAGAAGGAAUCUAUUGUGUGCGAGUCGAAGAGAGAAAAAAAACGCUCCAAAGUUGGAGAUUACACCCCUGGAUCGUUUAGAUGGUAGUAAGAAGGAAGUGACGUAUUUGAGUAGGGAAUGUAUUGAAAGGAACAGCGGCUCUUCGCAUACCAGUUUCGAUAAGGGCGAUAUGCAUUUUAUAAAGACUCCCAGCGAUAACUGCCAUAGUAAUGACGUCUAUUUAUCCGCCCAUCAACUGGCUGUAAAAGAACGGGAUACCGAUUCAGGAAGGGGAAGUUAUGAGGAGGGGGAGAAUCGAAAUGGAACACUCGAAAGCGAUUCCCCCAAUAGUAGAGAUUACACCAAGUGUUCUACAGAAGUUGUUCUCAGGCCUGUUAAUGACAAUCAUAUACCCACAACAAGACGAGUCACAUUUCGGGAUCAGAGGAGCACUGAAAUGCGUCACCCUUUGUAUAGUAUUCACGAAGAAGUCGUACCUCAACGAAUAUAUGGUGGAGUAAGCCUAGUGUGAUAAUUCGUUAAUGUCUCUUUCAUAGAUUCGAUUGAGGUGCAAAAAUAGGAAUUACAGUUAAACAACCACAACUAACUGCUUCACUAUGCUAUAAAUUUUGUUCAUAUACUUUCGUAUAUACACUGUACACUUUAUAUUUAUUUACGAUAUAUAUUUACAGUUAUAUACAUGUGUAUAUAGAAAUAAAUAUUAAACUACUGUAUAAAAAUAUGUGCAUAUAUUUAUAUAUAUAUAUAUAUUUAUAUAUGUGCUGUAUAUCGAUAUAUCUAUACAUACACAUAUAAAUAUAAAAUGUGCUGUGCUGUAUAUAUAAGCAUAUCUUUUUUUGCAGUACUUCUGUAAAUAAGGCAGGAAAAUUUGUUAAUUUUCAUUUUUUUUUUUUUGUCUUUUUGUUUGUUUUACGGUAUGAUGAUUUUUUAUCGAAUGAUUAUUAAUAGUAUUUAUACAUCUUUUAACGAGUCAAGAAUGGUGUUCAAAAUAAAGGAAAAGAGUAGAAAAUAAAGAAAAGAAAAAAAAUAUACACACUGAAAAAAGAAAGAUAUUCUUUUGUUCUGUAAUCAAAUUUAUUACGUAAUAUAAAUUGGUGGAGUAGUGCACUUAGUAGUAGCGAAAAAUUAGUAAAACGAUCGAUCUUUAUUUCGAUGCGCUGAUAGAAAGCCAAGGGAGUGGUAAACAGGCUUCUAUUUGAUCUUAGGAGAGUCUGUAAACGGAAACUUUUGUUAAUACGGGCUUGAACGGAUAAAUACGUAGAAUACGAUAAGUAUAUGUAACAUAGAAAAAGCAAACAGACUAAAGAGACGUUCUUUUCUUCCCUUUAUUAUCUUUAUCGACUGAUGGAGAAAACUAUUAGAAAAAGGAGGAAGGAAAAAAAUUGAAGAGCUGGAAUUUUAGACGCUUCGUACUUUAUAAGCGUUAAUUCCCUCCUUUGAAAAACAAUAAAGAUGAUAAAUUAUAUAAAUACGAUAGAAUGAAUCGGGUUUCAAACAAACGACAAGCAAAGCUUUAAAGAGAUAAUUAAGAAGUUUCACCUUCCUUUGGCGGAUUUUCUACACAAGGCAUGUACCUAUGCGAACGAUAGCAGAAAAAGGCAUGCAAUUAGUGUAUCUAGUACCUGAGUCAAUUAAUUCGUAUAACGAGUGACUAAAUAAGAAAAUAGAAGAGAAAUAGGGACAAAGACAAAGUUGAUGAGAGGAAACAAAAAAAACGACACAGAGAAAAAGGGCGG